CACACACACACACACACACACACAUACACACACACACACACAGACAGAGAGCUGUGUCCCCCCUCGGACAGCAGACUCAGUGUGUGAUCUGACCAGGGAGAGAAAGAGCUGAAUUUGCAGAAAAGACUGUUGAUGUUCACACGCUGGAUUCGAGUGCACGUCACAGUCAGGAGACAAUUCUUUGGUGCAAUAAAAGGCGCUGCAUACGUUCACUUUCUGCUGCACUGCUUCACUCUGCUGAAAGACUGAUACUGACACGUCAGCAGACGAGGAGACUUAUUAGCCUAAAAGUGAUAAAAAUACAAAUUCUGGAUGGUGCCAAUGGUGGGUAAAGUGUUUGAUACAAUUUAAGUCAAUGGUCAGUCUAAGUCAAUGGUGAGUCUUGGAUGACACCACACAAGCAGUAUGGAGGCAUGUUGUUUGUUCUGUCCUUUUGAAAAAGAGGACGCCAUUGACUUCAAUUGUGUUGGAUUCGACGGAUUCCAACGCUUUUUACCUCUGAAACUCCAGAAGUGUUUUGUGGACUCAAACACUUCCCCCACCCGUCCAUCGGCGUAGUGGUGAGUAGAUAAUGAGUGAAUUUUCAUUUUUGGGUGAACUAUCCCUUUAACCCCAUGAGCCCAACCUCCACUGGCCUUCUCAGUUUGCGCUGCAGUUCCCGUAGUGAGCCACCAGGCGGAAUGUGACAGGACGUCCGCCAGACCACAGUCAAACCUGCAACUGAAUGUGGCCAAAUCUUUUCUUCAUGUAUGACCACUGUGGAUGGAGUUGCUCAGUUACCAUGGAGAUAGUCGAUGCUGGAACAGAGACAGUGGUUACCAUCAACAAUAUAAAUUCAUUUGGAGAGAGCCCAUAGUGGAACCAGCAUCACCACAUGUGAGCCAGUCUUUCAGGUUCACACCUCAUGGAUCGUUUAACACUGAUCUUGAGCUCACACUACCCCCGUGACAAACUCCCACACACACUGACAUGUUUACAGCAGCUGGAAUGUGUUUACAGUCCUUUGAGCGGAAGGAGGUUCAGAGAGGAGAAGAGGAUUUUGUCUCUGCGGUGGUGACUGCUGGAGCAGAUGAAGUAUCGUCGAAUGGUCGUUCCUGCAGAGAUGAGCUUCUACAGCGAUGAAGACACGAGCGACGAACUGGGGACUUUGGGGUGGUACCACCAUGACUUGUCCCGCCAUGCUGCAGAGGCUCUUCUCUUAUCCAAUGGCACUGAUGGAAGUUAUCUCCUGAGAAACAGUAAUGAGGGACUGGACUGCUUUGCCCUGUCUGUCAGGGCGAAGGAUUCUGUCAAACAUUUUCACGUGAUGCGCAGAGACAACAGCUACGUGUUUGGCUUCAACGAGUUUGCAACCCUUCAAGACUUUGUCUACCACUUUGCCAAUCAGCCUCUGCUGGGCAGUGACUCAGGAACCCUAAUUGUGCUGAAGUGUCCGUACCCGUGGCGUGUGGAGGAGCCGUCCAUCUACGAGUCUGUGAGGGUUCACACAGCCAUACAGACGGGCCGCACAGAAAAUGACCUCGUGGCGAAUGCACCAUCGCUGGGCACGAAAGAAGGCUAUCUGGUGAAGCAAGGAUCAUUUGUCAAGAACUGGAAGCAGAGAUGGUUCACACUCAACAGAUAUGAUCUCAAGUACUUCAAAGACAAAGUGUCUGAGGAGCCCAUUCGAACCCUGGAUCUGACAGCCUGCUCUGCAGUCCAGUUUGACUAUUCUCAAGACAGAAUCAACUGCUUCUGCCUGGUGUUCCCCGAGAGGACGUUUUAUCUUUGUUCAAAGUCGGCUGUGGAGGCCGACGAGUGGAUCAAGAUUCUGAGGUGGAAGCUGUCCCAGUUAAGAAAAGGUCGAUGACUGCCGUCAGUGGGGACACAGAUGAUGGAUAGAAGCCCCACCUUCAUGGAGGAUGAGCAGGAUGAACAAUAAGGAACACUGUUUAAGAAUGUGGAGGAAACUUUAGCUUGUAAAACACUUGAGACGUGUUCCCCUGGGUGUACUGACUAGAGGCCGCUUGGACAUGACUGCAUUUUGCUUCAAGAUAUAGAGAUGCUUCAUUUCUGAUGAGUCUCCUGUUUGUGGUCUCACUUGGCUGCUUUUUCCCUCCAGAGGAUUCUUGUGACUAAUGCUGUAUGUUCAACGUGGCACAGUAUGUUGCAUAACUGUGCGGGAUUAUCCUUAACAAGUACAACUAACAACACAUAUAUCUGUCUCUCAACACCUUCUCAAUUCCCUGUCCUCGCCCCAACACCACUGGCUCCUGCCGAGGAAAAUUUGUCGUUGUGAUUAAUUUAGAGUGAUCAUCGAUAUAAGCAUAAGUUCUGUAGAUUCCAUAGAAUCCUAUUUUAUUUAAAAAGUCAAGAUGAUUCAAGAUUUACGCUUGAAUCAAACCAAAUAAAGGAAUAUUUGGUAUGUUUAGAUUCUGCCUUUUGAGAGGGUGAAAUCUGAUGAGUCAAGGUACGACUGAAAAUGAUAAAGCUAAGGGGAGACUGACUCAAACUGUGCCUGAUUGGCUACAGUCAGUGGUUACCAGGGUAGAAACAGUCUGUUUUUCACUCUCUGGGAUAAUGGAAGAGAGUCUACAGGGCUUGUAUUCACUGUGUAGGUUUCCCCCACUAACUUUCCACAGCCGACUCCAAGUGGUGAACUUGCUUUGUUUUUGCUUCUCAUUUACGUGUGCUGUUUGAAUAAAGUUUUUA